ACCAAACUCACCACAAAAGAGCCGAAGAAAAUCACCAAACUCACCACAAAAGAGCCGAAGAAACCCACCAAAUUCACCAGACCCUACCACGCAGAUUACUCACCACGCAGCCCGACCAAAAAAAACUCCAGGAUCGCUGGAGGAAGAACCUGCGGCACAGAACCACCCCACCGCCGACUCCCACCGAACAGAGUGAAACCGUGGCCAGCCAACGACCCGUGCCAACAACCCGUGCCAACGACCCGUGUGUUCGUGCGAUAAAAGCGCCCCGAGAGGAGGGCUUUGCUGGCUGCUGAUAUCUGGGUCUUGUUGGUGGAAAUCUUUAUGACGAACUCCAAGGCAGGCGCAGUACUUCUUCUCGAACGUCUUUCAUCUUGAGCUAUCUGAUGUGAUCUGAUCUAGUGAUCCUGCGACUGAUGAAGCGUGGCUUGUGGGUGCGGAAUAAGCCGGUGAUACGAAUUCGGCAAGCGUAGCCAUCGACACGGAGACAAAGACCGGGGGGCGACCGCGUGCCAAAGCCAUUUGAAAGCCAAGCAAAAGCCAACGAUCUGAUCGAAUUCAUUACCCAAGCGAAAUAAUUCGUCCCGGACUGGUUUAAGUGUUUCACUUCGGAUUCACCAAAACCGCGACGAAACCAAUCUUGCGGGGCCUCAGAAUAGCUUGCGAAGGCUCACGAAGCAGGAUUCGAUAGCCGUACUGGGUUAAAUCCUCAUUGAUUCUAAAAAAAUCGCGAGUUUUACAAUGAAUAUUACACCGGAACGACACCAGAAUAUUUCAAGGUUGAAAUCCCCUAAAACACCGACCCAGGACUCUGCUGGCACCGUGGCAUGUCUGAGAAUUAAUGCCCUCAUGACUAGUGUGGUCGAGCACAAUCAGAAAUGGAAAAUUGCGGUGGAUAAGGGUUCUCAGUUCUGUUCGGCCAUCAAAAACAGUUUAAAAGAUGUUUUGCAAUCAUCGGCACAAACCCCUUAUCCGGAAAAUGUGAGUCUUUAUUGCAAUAAGUUAGCAAUUUUGAUAACAAUCCUUGAAGCCGCGUUAUCGAACGUGGAAAACGGCGUGGUACUUUUGAAAUCGUUCGCUCACGCUUUGGAAGGCAAUGAAAUCGUUGGAAUUACCUGGAACAUGAGUCGACUUGUAAGUGCCAUGGAAGCAAUCGUCGUAUCGUACAAACAGGAAAUAGAAACGCGAAAGCACAUAUGCGAAAACAUCGCACACUCGCUAACCGUUGAUGAACUGCUGCUCUACGUCUUCACCUGGAAUAGUAUGAUGGAUGUGGAGCGAGACCGAGAGUUGCUGUUUAGAAUGAUCAUGUACGAAUUUGGACUAAAUGAAUAAAUGGU